AACUUUCUUGAAAGUGUUUAAAAACUUUUCGAUACGAAAGCGAUAGGAGGCGGAUCUACGAACAUUAACGAGCGCCCUCGGCUAACUUCGUGCGCCGCUAGCUGCCAGUUCGUUCGCCGCGGAUCGGCGGCCAGUCGUGAUAAUGGUGCAGUUUGUGCCCGAACAAAAGGAAUUAUUUGUUUUUAAGUGCAAAGCAGAGAAUGUCGUCUGACUCUACGAAGGGGCAAGUGGAAUACGUUACCGAGGACAAGGUUAUUAAGCAAGAACCUGGUGGUGCGCAGUCCCCAUUGGCGUUGUUAGCAGCUACGUGUAGCCGCCUCGGUCCCGCCAACAUGGGGCCCGACCAGCAGGACAUUAAGGAGCACCAGCAGCAUUUUAGCCCCCAACAACAACAGCAGCAACAGCAACAGCAGCAGCAGCAACAACAACAGCAGCAACAGCAACAGCAGCAACAGCAGCAACAACAGCAACAGCAGCAGCAACAGCAGCAGCAGCAAGCGCAGCAGCAACAGCAACAGGUUCAACAAGCUCAGCUUGUCCAACAACAAGGCGAGGCGGCGACGCUAGCCGCUAUACAGCAGCAGUACAUGCAACAUCAGCAGCCGCAGUUGCGAGUGAUCAGCACUGCGGUUGUCCAGCAGCUCAGGGCGCAAGGGUUGUCGGGCAACGAGCUCUCCGCGGCCAUCGUGAACGCCGCCAGCACAGUGCCCAAUGGAAUACAAGUGCAGCAACCACAGGUGAUCAGUAUGCAGCAGCUCCAGUCGUUGCUUGGCGGCGGAGUUGUAGGCGGCGAGGGCUACCAGAACGCGCCACCGCAGCUGCUGCAGAUACACCCACAGUUACUACAGCAACAGGCGGGCGGCGUGUACGGCGGUUGCCUGGUGGGCGGCGUGGGCGGGGUCGGCGGCGUGGCGCCCAUGCAGGCGGUCACCGUCGACGGACAGGACGCCCUCUUCAUACCGGCACAGCACGCGCAGAAUUUCUCCGGGCUGGGGCAAGUGAGUUUAGUGAACGGUCAGCUAGUCAGGACGCCGGUGUUGCCAGCUGGCUUCCUGCAGAACGUCAUGCAUCUGCCCACCGAGCAACAGGCGACAGUGUCCAUCCCCGGUACUAACCUUACCAUCCCGCUGAGCGCUUUGACCGGCAACCAGAUGAUUACCAUACCGGGCACCAACAUAACGCUCCCCAACGGAUUGCAAAUACCGACGAGUCAGGCGAUUUCCAUCCCCACGAGUGUGCAAAUGCCCGUCGCGAGCGUUGGCAACACUGUGCAACUGAGCGGGGGGGAUAACAAGAGCGGGGUCAAGGACGCCAAGCCCGCGAGCCCGCAAGCACAAGCGGGCGGUGGCGUGGCGGUGCGCGGGGGCGUGGGCGGGGUCGGUGGCAUGGGCGGCAUGGGCAUGGUGCCGGUGCAGGUGCCCGUGAGCAUGGCCAACGGCCACACCGUGUACCAGACCGUGCACCUGCCCGUGCACGCGCCGCACCUGCAGGUCAUGCCGCAGCUGCAGCAGAUGCAAGCCCAGCCUCAAGUCGCCAACGUUCUGACGCCGUCCGGUCAAAUUCAACAAAUACAAAUUGCUUCUUUGGGAAACGUUCAAAGUGGGACAUCACAAGCUUCAGUCAGUGGCGCCCAAACGCCCGCCACAAUCACGCUACAGGCGGUGCAGGGCGUGCAGGGAGUACAGGGCGACUCUAGUAUCCCACAGCAACCGUCCCAGACGAUAAUCACGAACACGCCCGCCGGGCAGCAGGUCACCGUCAUACCGGCCGCGAACAAUGUGACGGUCGUUAAUCCUGUACAGGUGCCAACCCUGGGCGUGGGCGGUAUCGGGAGCACGGUGCAGCUAGUGCCGGCGAUGGGUCUGCAGGGCGCGGUUCAGCUCACCCAGAUACCGCAGACGCAGACGCAGCAGCCGCAGCCGCAGCCCGUCAUAGAGACGCCAUACCCCGGUCAGCAGAUCCAGCAGGACCCCAACGAGCCGGGCAAGUGGCAGGUGGUGACGGUGACGACGGGGCCCAGCACGCCGGAGUGCGAGAACAUCAAGACCCGCCCCUCCAGCCCCAGCGGCGGCAAGCGCCUCAUGAAGCGCGUCGCCUGCACCUGCCCCAACUGCGAUCAGGGCGAGAAUCGUCUGGUCGACCGCAAGAAGCAGCACCUGUGUCACAUCCCCGGCUGUAACAAAGUGUACGGCAAGACGUCGCAUCUCAGAGCACAUCUGCGGUGGCAUUCCGGCGAGAGACCGUUCCUUUGCAACUGGCUCUUCUGUGGGAAGAGAUUCACCCGGUCGGACGAGCUGCAGCGGCACAGGCGAACGCACACCGGCGAGAAACGGUUCGAGUGUCCUGAGUGCAGCAAACGGUUCAUGCGCUCCGACCACUUGGCCAAGCACGUGCGGAUACACACCAAGAAUAGAAUCACGGAAGUGGCAACAUCGACUCAGAUGUACUCCGACUCGGCGUCGGACAGCGGCGACGAGAAGAUGAUGCUGACGAUAGAGACGAUGCAGGGCGACGAGGACAAGGUGGUCGUGGUGCGCUCCACCAAGAUGGAGCCCGACGACGAGAAGAUGAUGCUGACGAUAGGGGCGAUGCCGGGCGACGACGACAAGCUGGUCAUGGUGCGCUCCACCAAGAUGGAACCCGACGACACGUAGCCCGCGCUCGUCGACUACUCGCAGGUGCAGUGGAUCGACUGUCCCGUCACUAUACACGGACACCCCUUGGAGUAAUGUCACUGUUUCUCACACUUUUGUUGUGAAGUCAAAAGUGUACAUGGCUGGGUAAAAGUGUUAUGUUGCAGGUAUACUUCGAGUCUAUUCAUACUGAUUAUAAUCUAGACUUUGCCCGCACCUUCGAUUCAUGCGAUCCAGUGUUAUAAAUGCAAUAGUGCGUCUAUCUGCCUGUAACCGAUUUUGAUGAAAUUUUAUGUAUGGCCCGGCAGAGGACAUAAUAUAAAUUUAAAAUCAAUAAUGCGAAUUGUCAUUAUUUACUUCAGGGUUAUUCAAAUGCGCGCACAUCGAAUAGGACUGUACUUGCUUGUAAAUCUUAAGAGAAAUGUGAUUUUAGAUUAAAUACUUAGAUGAUAAUUGUAUUAUAGUAAAUUAUUGUAUAAAUGUAAUAAAGCCAGUAAUGCUCGUUUUAGGAUACAAGGGGAGUAGUGCCAAAUAUUAUGUUUGUGUGUAAAUAUCUGUUCAUAUUGAAUUGUAUUUAUUGUCGUCCUGCGUAGAAGUGUAUAUGUAGUAGAAUAAUUGUUUCUGUCCAAGCUAGAUACAUAAUAUUAUGUAAAACAUUGAGCUAAUUGUUAGCUCGAGAAUACGAUAAACCGUCUAAAAGAAGCGCAAGUGAAUAUGUAAAUAAUGUCUAAAUUGAUUGAAUGUUUAAAUAAGGGCGGAGCUUGAAGCAAAUGAUUAAAUAUUUUGUUGUGAGAGUGAAAAAUAAAUCUUGAUCAAACGAAACUUAUAAUAUGUAUAAAUUAAAAUAUAUAAAAUUAAAUAUGCAAAGCACACGAAUCGACAAGCACUAAACUUCUGUAACUGCAGCUGUGUG